AUGAGCCAAUUCGAAGGCCAAGUUCCUGGAGGUGUGCUGAAGACUGUCGUAGAAGAGCAUCAAUUUAUGGAUGAAUUCAUUCAACUGUUGAAGCGACGUAAUCGAGAUCUGGCUACACUAUACGAGAGUUUCAGUCCCAAAUGGAAAGAUUCGGCCAUUUAUCCUCUGUUAUCUCCCAUACUCAGCUUUUUCAAGAGUGUGAUCUUAUCAGAGAUGACCAUACGCCGCACGACUUGUGAACCUAUCAAGACUAUUCUGGAUGAGAUUCCUGUGACUGAUCCACCUGACGCGCUCGAAGAGGACGGGGUAUCAAUACUUGAUGAUUAUCAAAAGCUGAUCGAGGUCAACGAAAGGCUCGAGGAGUGUAGGGAGAAAGCAAACUCCAGCGAUUCGGUCACAAUGUUGCGGGAAUGGCUGAAUAACGAGGCUCCAAAAAGCCAAUAUGGAGAUACAGAUCACUUCACUAACAUUACAGAGUUGAAUCGAAAAGAGACAGCCAGAUUUAUACUCCCUGAACCUGCGCACAAGGUCUCGAACUGGCAUGGUAGUGUUCUACUGGUGACGAUGAUAAACAUUUACCAGCGAAAUACACUGAGAUUUGACGUACAGGACGUCCUCGAAAGGCAUCAAGGUCUCAGUGAAAACAUAAAAAAGGUCUUGCAAAAGGCAAAGGACAGAUUGAACGCCUUCUCAUCAGUCGACUACAUCGCUCCAAAACAUGAAGGUCAAAGUCUAGAAUCUAGUCACGAGUUCAUGAAGGUCGCUAGCUAUGUGAAUAGUGUUACGGGAAAGUCGACUUCCGUGAUAGUAUACGGGGUGGAGCUGGGACAAGUGAAAUUUAUGGAUGCUCUUAGAAGGAACAUCGAAAAACUUCCGGAGGUGUGUGGGUCAUGUUCGGGAAGUCGCAGAUCAGGUGAUGUGAUUGGAACGUUGGAAUGGAUAUAG